AUGGCGCAGGGGGCUGCCAUCCUCAGCCGAUUUGCUCGGCUGGCGCAUGCCACGGACAGAGACUGUGAAGCGAAGGAUGCGGCUUUGAGUUGGUGCCACGAGCCCUGCACGUCUUGUGGUGCGGAAGAGGCCACUGCCCAGCGCUUCCUGCCUGCGUUCACAUGCCUGGGUCUCUUUGCCCUGCUCAUCCAGGGACUUGGAAAGGCAAGCGAGGAUGGGGAGAGCAUGGGCCACUGCCCCUUCUGCCAGCGGCUCUUCAUGGUGCUCUUGCUCAAAGGGGUGCCCUUCACCCUCACCACUGUGGAUGUGAAGAGGGCGCUGGACGUGUUGAAGGACUUUGCCCCAGGGGCUCAGCUACCCGUGCUGCUCUACAAUGGUGAGCCCAAGACCGACACCGGCAACAUCGAGGACUUCCUGGAGGAGCAGCUGAGGCCUCCCAUGUUUCCCAGCCUGGUCCCACGGUACAAAGAGUCGAGGUUGGCUGGGAAUGAUGUCUUCCACAAGUUCUCCACCUUCAUCAAGAACCCGGUGCCUGCCCAGGAUGAGGCGCUGCAGCGGAGCCUGCUGAAGGCUCUCCUGAAGCUGGACGGGUACCUGAAUGCCCCCCUGGAGCAUGAGCUGGCCCGUGACCCACGCCUCCCAGUCACCCAGCGCCGCUUCCUGGAUGGCGACCAGCUCACAUUAGCCGACUGCAACCUGCUGCCCAAGCUCAACAUUGUUCAGGUCGUGUGCCAGCAUUACCGCCACUUUGGGAUCCCCAAGGACCUGCGGGGCGUGUGGCGCUAUCUCAACAACGCCAAGGAAACUAAGGAGUUCAAAUACACCUGCCCCAAUGACGAGGAGAUAGUGCAGGCCUAUCGCUCCGUGGUCCGGCCUCCACAGUGAGCCGGGCACGUGCCCAGGUGGGCCCGGGGCCAGCGCUGGGCAGCAGCCGAGCCCCAGCCCCACCCCUGCCAUGACCACUGCCGUCCUUCCUGCAAACUUAGGAGGGCAGAGGGCAUGAGCUAUGCCUUGGGCACCCAAACUCCCCAGCUGGCACCCCUGCAUGAGGUGCCAGCAGCACGCUGCAUUGCAUCGAGCCCUCUAGCGGGCUCUCACUUCGUGUGUCACGCUCCCCUCCUGGCCAGAACCCCCUCAACCUGCCCUGCAACCCCCCAAGCAUCAGGAUUGGUGCCAGGGAGCCUUAGCUGAGAACGUCAUCUAUAACAAAACCAGGUAGUGCCCAGGGUAACAGCAGGAGCAGAUCCUCACAUAGAGAAGGAAAAGCUGCCCACAACAGAGGGCUACUGGGCCCAAGCACAGCUCUGACAGCAGCCAUUCCUGCAGCCUCCCUUGGAGACGCACCAUGCCACCCUCAGCAUGUGUGACUCAGUGACAAGAGUCAGCAGCCAUCACAGGAUGCCAGUAAGGAGCAGCACAGGGUCAGGGGAACUGGCACAGCCAUACAAAGUCCUGGGAACAGAGUCGGGGGGAUGCAGAGGGUAGUGGACAUGGCACCGUCCCAGCUCCCCGUGACCUGGGCUAGGGGAGCAGAGAACACUAUCCUCCUAGAACCUGCUGUUAGGAAGCUCUUGGCAGCAGAUUUGGGACAGGAAUGGGGGCAAAGCAGGGAAAGUCCAAGCCAUGUA